AUGUCUCUCCUAGGUCUAAGUAAUAAAACUUUGCUUACUGCCGCAGCUGGCGGACUGUCUGCUGGUGCCUUUUUGUCAUGGUUCUGGUCCAGUGAUGCUUACCUAGCGCAUCGCAGGUUGCCUGCGAAUGCCCAAAUGAUAGCAAAACUCACAAAUUCUCCAACGGCCGUUCAAAUGGUGCAAAACUUGCAUUCCAAACGAGAGCGCGAGAUACGUUUACAGGAACAUCCUUCGCUAUUUCGGUCUCAAUAUCCAUCUAACUUUCUAAACUUCAGGGACGGUAUCUUGCCUCUAUUCAAAACUUACUAUGAUUCCGAGAACCGUGAAUGGAUUAGUAUUGGAAUUAUGGGAAACGCACUAACUGGUUAUCAAAAAUUGCAACAUGGCGGAGCUAUAGCAACCGUGCUCAUUGAAUGCCUGCAAACUGUUAAAAACCUAGAAUCUGAUAGAAAAGGUUCAUUGCGAGGUGAGCCUCAAGAUCCCAUUUUGACUGAAACCUUUGAUGUUCAUACUCCCUCUUACAGUAUAGGUUACAAAAAGCCAGUCCCUGCGGGCGAUUGGGUAUUAAUUCGAGUGAAUUCAGGUAAAGCAAGGCUCUACAAUUCCAAGAACCAACUGUUAGCUGAAGCAUGCGAUUUACAAGCAUGA